AUGCUGUUUCUAUCAAGCAAAAAGGCAACCUUUAUUGGUGCUUUAGCUUUAUCUCUGUCUACCGGUGUCAAUGCUCUCUGGACCUGCGGAUCAGACCAGCAUGUUUUCCCCGUCGAUACCUCUAAGUUCCUGGUACAUUUCACGCGUUGGAGUGAUAGUCACUACGAAGACAAGACACCAUGGAUCCGCAUUUGUCUUCCGAAUGAUGAUGGCACAUGGACUGAUGUUGAGCCCCUCGGCUUGAAUUGUGCACCGAAGGGGCAGACAUUCACUCCUAAGCAGACCAAGCUCAAGGCGAAUCUCAAGGUUGUUGGAGGGCAGGGUUGCACUGGAAGCGAAAAUUCCGGGUUGAAUGGUGCGUCCAUUACAUACAAAGACCAGAAAAUCAACCUGCAGCAUGGAGGAGAUGCAUGUGGACCUCGUAAUCAUGGGAUUACUUGCCAGUUCAAGAAAUGA